AACGGCAAAGCGACAUUCUGGGGCCCUGGCAUGGGCGCCUGCGGCUGGACUAGGAAGGAGACUGACUUAGUUGCCGCCUUGCCCAUUGGCCUCUGGAACAAGCUCGGCGGCACCAUCACCAAUGGCAACAUCGUUUGUGGUCACAAGCUCAAAGUGUCCAAUGGCAAGGUCGCUGUCACUGUCGAGAUUACCGACCAGUGUGGUAGCUGCGAGGAUGUUCAUCUCGACCUGAGUCCUGCGGCUUUUGAUCAGUUGGGACCGAAGGAGAAGGGGAUCUUGGACAUCUCGUGGGGCUGGAUCGGGCCUGUGCCUCACCAGUAG